AUGAGUUCACGCGAGCCCAACCACACAGAAGGCGACGGGACAGUUCAAUGGACUGAAGAAGAACAACACGAGUUGGACAAAAACAUGGUGGAGUACCCCGAGGACAAAUUUACCGAGUUGAAGCGGUACACACUUUUACUCACAAAUUUACCACACAAGCGCCUUCGUGAUGUUGCUGCGAGAGUGAAGUAUAUGAAGUACCGAGAGGUACACCCUGAAAUGACUUGGCAAGCUUUCUGUAAAGAUAAAAGUCUUAUUCGGCCACAACGAGUUGUUGUAACGACUAAAGUCCCAAGUAGGUCAUCGAGUCAAGACAGUGACGUCGAAGGGUCAUCCGUUAAAGGGAAAAAGCCCGAAGAAACGGCGAUGGAAAUUAUUAAACCGGACUAUGACAACGUCUCCGGAAGUCUUGGAGGGUUUGAGUACCAAGACCCAUGCACUGAACUCCCAUCGAUCCCAUCAAUCAACACCAAAGCAAAACCGCCUAAAAAGAAGAAGGCAAAAGUCGUGAAGAAGGCGAAGGAGAAAGUCGACAAAAUUAAAAUGGAGAAGUUCGACGAGAAAAAAGACGAGAAAAAUGUCGAAGUCAAAAACGAGAAGAUGGAGGAAGACGGAGAACAUCUGCCACCUCCAACUAACACAUUGGACUUGGACAGUAUCAAUUCGAUUAUGAUGAAUGCAGAGACGAUAUUGGAAGCAAUGUAUCAGACGGAAUUGGAGAAUGGCGGAUUAAUGGUGGAACACGUUGUCGCAUUUGUCAGUUAUGUGCAACAGAUGUUGGACUUCACAGCUGAGAUCACUAAACCCCUUGAAUUGCCAUGCACCAUACAAACACCAUUUACUGCGGAGGACGUACAACAACUGAUCCUCAACCCACAGCUGAUUAAAAUGUAUGAAGAACAAAUCAACACAAUCCAAAACGACGGAUCUGUACAACAAGUCCAAAGCCAGAAGAUCGAAGAAGAGAAGCAUAAAUAA